AUGCAGUCCCAGGCCGAGCGAAAGGACAUCCUCAACAACUUCCCAGGGAUUCCACCCUUCCCAGAGGAUGUCUCUACAGCACCCCUUCUUCGACUGUCAUCGGAAAAACUGCUAGAAGGUGACCCUGCAGAGCAUAGGAGACUGUUCCAAGCGUCCACAGAAAUUGGGUUCUUCUAUCUCGAUUUAUCAGACUCAGACCAAGGGUCAUCGCUCCUGGGUGAUGCAGAUGAUCUAUUCCAAGUUGGUGAGAAACUAUUUGAGCUGAGCCUCGAGGAGAAGAAUCAGUAUGAUUUUAGCGAACAGAACUCGUAUUUUGGGUAUAAAGCGCAGGGAGCUGCGGUGGUUGACAAGCAAAGGAACCUGGACAGGAUCGAGUUCUACAAUGUUUCUAAAGACGAUAUUAUGGGAAUCAGUGAUCCCCUGCCAGCACCAGAGACUCUGCAUAAAAGCCGAGCCCGACUGGGAUCAUUUAUGCAAGGUUCACAUGCAAUCGUAACCCUAAUUCUGGACACCCUGAACGACCAACUUGCCCUACCAAAAGACACACUAUCCAGUCUACACCGACAACAAGCUACGUACCGCGCUGGGGCAGCACACCGACUUUGGAAGUGUGACGGUUCUUUUCAACCGACUGGGGGACUGCAAGUGCUACCGCCCGGUGCCGAUGCCGAAUGGGUCUAUGUCAGGCCACUUCCUAGUCAUGCGAUUGUAAACCUUGGGGAUGCAAUGGUCAAGUUUACGAACGGGCUGUUUCGGUCGAACAUUCACCGGGUUGUGGCACCACCGGGGCUCCAGGCCGAGUCGACGCGGUACAGUCUCAUGUACUUUGCACGACCCGAGGAUAGUGUGAUGUUGCGUCGGUUGGAGGGGUCUGAUCUAAUUCCCACUAUGGGGGACGGUCAGACUGAAGAGGAAAUUAAUAGCAAGGACUGGAUCAUCCGGCGGGGUUUGGGUCGUCGGGUGGAUCGUGUUAAUGAUCUUAAUUUUGAGAAGUCUGCAGGGACGGAGCAACUAAGUCGGAGGGUCAAGGUUUAG